UAGACUGGACUACUGUAAUUCUUUAUUAUCUGAGUGUCUGAAGUCUUUAAGAAGUCUUCAGCAGGUCCAGAAUGCUGCUGUGUUUGCAGGAGAAGGAUUUUGCAGGGGGCGACUCGUUUCAGUCCUUGGAGGAGUUCCUGGUCAUCCUAGGGGAGUCGGCCGGGGAUCAGAGCGCGGACAGGAUCCGGCUGGAGUUCAACAAACUCAUCCUYGCUCUAAAGAAGUCCCGGGACAACGAAAAGAGGCUCAUGUCUAAAUGUAGAGAUCUGAACGCAGAGAUCAUGUCCACUUCAGCUAAAGUGGCAGCAGCUGUGAAACUGUCUCAGGAAGAUGAAACAACAAUAACGUCACUAAAGAUGGAGCUGAACAAAGCGUGGCAGAUGAUUGAUGCUGCUCAUACAAAAGAGAGGAAACACAAUGAGACCAUCCAGAGUUUAAAAGUGGAGGUUUCCAACCUGUCUAAGCUCUCUGAACAAGCAGAACAAGCUGUGGACCAGGAGCGAGUUAAUCUAACUAACAUGGUGGAAGAGUUGAGCAAGGAGAGGACAAAGCUGGAAACAACAGUGGAGGACCUCAGAGAGAAACUGAAGCAGGCACUCACCACUCAGCAAGCCUUGGAGGCUGAGAGAGAAACUGCCUUCCAGAAUAUCUCACAGCUGCAGCAGGGCCUUCAGACCCAGCAGAACGAGAUUUCCAGAGAAACAAGUCUGAAGGAGAAACUGGAGAAGGAGGUGAAGCAGCUGCACACUGACAUGGAGGCCAGGACGUCUGAGAUCAAAACUCAGAAGCAACAAGUCCAGAAGGCCAACGAGGAGCAGCACAAACAGGAGCAGAAAGUCAAAGAGCUGAAGAUCCUUUAUGAGCGAUCCAUCAAGGAACUGGAGCAGAUCCAGGCAAAAAACUCCAAACUGCAGCAGGAGUGUGAGCACCUGGCCCUGGCCAAAGAAAACCUCUCUGUGGAAAACCAACAGCUUACCAACCAGCUCAAACUAAGAGGAGAGGAGGUGAGUCAGCUGCGUCAGGAGGUCUCCAAACAAACCAAGAUGAGAGAAACCACCCAGAAGAAGUUCCACCAGAUGGAGGAUCAGAAAGCUGAAGUGGAAGUCCAGAAGGAGACACUGAAAGCUCAGAUCUCUGCUCUGGAGAAAGAUCUAGAAUCUGCUCAGAAACAAGUGGAAGCUGAUAAAAAAUCCAGUGAUGAGCUGCUCAGGGAGAGGGACAUCUUACAGAAGAACAUGACAAAGGCUGUGCAGGCAGCGGAGAAACAGCAGAGUCUCGUGAAACUCCUGGAGCAGGACAAGAGAACCUUGGAGCAUGAGAUCAGUGGCUACUGCCAGGAGGUCCACAAGCAGCGCACCAUCAUCCAGCAGCUGGGGAAAGACCGGGACCGCCACAUCAACCACAACAGCAGCCUCAUGCAGAAGGCAGCUCCAAGGAUUGGGAUAAAUACUGCAUGUUCUGAUUGUACUCAGACUAACAGAGUUCUCUUCAUUCCACAGGUGCAGCAGAAAAUCAGUGACCUUGAAGUCAGAGAGACAGAGAUUUGUGACUGGAGAAAGAAAGUCACAGAAGCUGAGAGUAAACUCAGACAGCAGGAGAACCAGCUUGAAUCUGUUGUUUUAGAGAGGAACCUCUACAGCAAAAAUCUUGUGAAGGCUCAGGAAGAGAUUGCAGAGAUGAAAAGAAAGAUGAAGACUUUAAACAACCAGGUGAGCCGUCUAAGAGAUGAAAUCAUUGGGAAGGAAGAGGCCCUUAUCAAAGAUCAGCAAGAGCACAAGCAUUUGGAGAAAGAUAAUGAGGCCCUCAAGGCGGAGCUGCAGUCAGUGAAGCUGCUGGUGGAAGACACAAAGCUGUGCGUUGACAGUCAACAAGCAGAAAAACAAAAACUGCAGAGGAUAAUAUCCGACAUGGAGAGCGAGAAAAUCCAACAGAAGAAGCAACUGGAUCAGGUCAUAAGAGAGCGGGAUGGUCUUGGCAAACAGCUGCUGCGUCGUAACGAUGAACGUGCUCUGCUCUAUGAGAAGAUCAGGAUCCAGCAGUCCAUCCUCAGCAAGGGGGACUUCCACUACAACCAGCGGCUGGAGGACAUCCACCUGCUGAAGCUGGAGAUCAAACGGCUCAGCAGAAAGAAGAGAAUCCUUGACAAGAGUUUGCCCAACAUGGAGGAGCUGAGGACUCAGCUGUUCCACCUGCAGAACGAGCUGCUCAGGGAAAGAACGAGGAACAGCAUCCUUGAAGAACAGCUGAAACCCAUAAACAUUCACAGAUGGAGGCGACUAGAGGGCACGGACCCUGGUAAGUUCCAGCUCAUCCAGAAGAUUCAGUUCUUACAAAAGAGACUGAUCUCUAAGACCCAGGAUCUUGGGCAACAGGAACUUUUACUCCAGGAAAAGGAGAAGCUGUAUGUGGAGCUGAAGCAGAUUUUGGCCAAGCGGCCUGGUCCAGAGGCAGCUGARCAGCUGCAGCAGUGUCAGUGGACCCUCAGAGAGCGCACCAAAAAACUGAAGGCGCUGAUAGCAGAACUGACAAUGCUCAACUCAAACAUAAAAGAGUACAAAACUGAAAAUCAAAGGCUGACCAGUGAGUUAGAAAAUGUGAAAAAGAAGUAUCUGAAUCAAAAGAAGCUGCACAGUGAGCAGAAAACCAGGACCAAAGUGGAUCAACUGGAGCCUGUGACCCAGCUGAGCAGCAGACCUCACUUCACMGGUGGAGGCUUCAAGACUGACCCACCUGUGAGAUGUUAGCAUCUCUGAACAAGUUAUUACCAGCUGUAAAACAUAACUUUUGUUUUGAGUUAACAAACUCCUCUUUAUGUCUGUCAGCACAGUAAACACCCUGACAUCUCACAGAAGAAAUGGGACAGCUAUACUUUAGCUAUUUAUUGGAUUUUAUUACAAUCUUUACGUAUCAUAAGUUAUGAAUAAAUAAUUUCAGGUAAAUUUUAUGGCAAAAAGAUGGUCAAAUUCAWGGAUGACUGAAACUGAUGUUCAGACAGUAAAUAUGGAUUAACAAGAUUCUGAUUAAACCAUAUUUAGGAUGAGAGAAGGGAAACUACCUGGUAUAAUUACAUAUUAAAAUAAAUAAAGGAAGUACUGUUACUUUAA